GAUCCGAGCUAAGAAGAAAGCGAAGAGGAGCCCGCAGUGGCGUAUCGCUCUGAUUGUCGUGCUGAAGCCCUGAAAACACCCCGGAUUCCUACAUUAACUAAGUGUUUGGACUUAACCAGAAUGCCGGAUUGGGCUGUGGAAAAGGUGGUCGUCCACCCGUUGGUCCUGCUGAGCGUUGUAGACCAUUUUAACAGAAUUGGAAAAGUCGGAAGCCAGAAGCGAGUCGUGGGUGUGCUACUCGGCUCUUGGCAGAAGAAAGUUCUUGAUGUGUCCAACAGCUUUGCAGUGCCUUUUGAUGAAGAUGAUAAGGAUGAUUCUGUGUGGUUCCUGGAUCAUGACUACCUGGAGAAUAUGUACGGCAUGUUCAAGAAAGUCAAUGCCAGAGAAAGAAUAGUUGGCUGGUACCACACUGGACCCAAACUGCACAAGAAUGAUAUUGCCAUUAAUGAGCUUAUGAAGCAGUACUGUGCAAACUCGGUUUUAGUAAUCAUUGAUGUGAAACCUAAAGACUUGGGACUGCCAACUGAAGCCUAUAUUUCUGUGGAGGAGGUGCAUGAUGAUGGAACUCCCACAUCUAAAACGUUUGAGCAUGUUACCAGUGAGAUUGGUGCUGAGGAGGCAGAGGAAGUUGGUGUUGAGCAUUUGCUUCGGGACAUCAAGGACACAACUGUAGGUACCCUGUCCCAGCGCAUCACCAAUCAGGUGCAUGGUCUAAAGGGCCUCAACUCCAAGUUGUUAGACAUCAAGAGCUACCUGGAGAAGGUUGCAACUGGCAAGCUGCCCAUCAACCACCAAAUCAUUUACCAGCUGCAGGAUGUGUUCAAUUUGUUACCAGAUGUAAAUCUGCAGGAGUUCAUCAAGGCCUUCUACCUCAAGACCAACGACCAGAUGCUCGUGGUGUACCUGGCCUCACUCAUCCGCUCUGUUGUGGCCCUCCACAACCUUAUCAACAACAAAAUAGCCAACCGUGACGCUGAGAAGAAAGAGGGCCAGGAGAAGGACGACAGCAAGAAGGAGAAGAAAGAAGACAAGGAUAAAGAUAAAGACAAGGAGAAGGAAAAAGAGAAGGGUGAUGCAUCCGCAAAGAAAGAUGAGAAAAAGGAAAAGAAAUGAACUUUAAAUCCUGACAUGGACUGACACAAUCUUGACUAAAGUGGGGAGGAAUUUGGGGUUUCUUCUCUUCUCCUGCAGCCAUCUACAGGUCUAGUCUGGGAUUGUUUUUGUCUUUUUUUUUUUUUUUUUUUUUUUAUAUAUAUAUAGAGGACUUUUCAUUUUGCAUUUUUGAGUUAAAACAAAAGCGGCAAGUGGAUCGAGUUUAAAGGAUGUCUUCUGUCCUGAACUGACGCUUGUACUGCUUGUUUGCGUCUAUAUUGUAAUGCUGUUCAGAGACCAGCAGAAUACAUCUGUUCAAUGUUAAAGCCCAAAGCAAGGUCCAACUGUAAAACUGUUAAUUAGGAUAAACACACUUUGUUUACUACAUACAGAAACAUUGCAUACAGAUACAUUUCUGAUAAACAUGAAAAAGCCUGUCACAAUAUUAAACUGUAUGCUCUCCCUUCCAGUCUGUAUUUUAUUAGUAGAAAUUAAAGGCAAACUUUUCCCAUAGAA